AUCAUAAAAGAUAAUAAUAAUAGAGUGCAAAAAAAUGUUUGCUUUAAGCUAAUAACAACUUGAAUUUAAUCACUGUCAAUUAUUGAAUUUGUUUAUGCUGUUUCUAGGAUGGCUUCGUGGCACUUGUCAUCUGUAAUGCACUAUUCUUGCCCAGGAAAUUGGAUAGCCUUUAUUUCUCUGGCCGUUGUGUCUGGUUCCUGCCUUGACAUUACUUACACAAUAGGAAAUAAUAAGGAAACUUGAGAAAGCAAAACCAAUUUGUAACUUCCUCUGUGCACCUUUUCUUCCAGGUGUUUCACUGAAACACACUACAUGCUUCCAAGUCUAGAGAACACAAACACACUUUCAGUGUUGGUGUCAUUUGAAGAUGUGGCUGUGGACAUUACCCAGGAGGAGUGGCAGAUCAUGGACAAUACUCAGAGGACCCUGUACAGGGAUGUGAUGCUUGAGACCUAUAGCAAUCUGCUGUUCGUGGAUCCUUACACAAAGAAUGAGCUGCUUGGAACUAAUCCAGAAAAUCAAGAAACCACUUUCAGGAAGCCUGAUGAAAUGUCACUUGAGAAAAAGCAUGCCUCUAAUGUUCCUGAGAACAAACUCCAAUUUGCAGAAAAGCUCAGUCAGCAUGACAAGAUGUACACUUGUAAGCAAUCUUUUGAACACAAUGGAAAAGAAAAAACUUUCAGCACGAAGAUGUUCCUUAAGUGUAAGAAAAUUUGUAUCAAAGACCCAUUUAAUGACCCUAUCAUUGUAGGAGAAACAAUUCAGGUUGACAAGAAAAUGUUCCAUAGCAAUCCUUAUUUUGUCAAGCAUCAACAAACACACUCAGGAAAGAAACUCCAUGAACCUUUCAAGAGUGAGAAAUGUCCUAUUUAUAAAAGAGAUCUCAAAAUAAAUCAGAUAAUCCAAAUAGCGAAAAGUCACUAUAUAUGUGGCUACUGCAAACAGUCUUUUAGCUGUAACUCUAGCUUAACCACCAAGAAGGGCAGUGAAAUUGGAGAAAAUUUCUCUGUGUGCAAUAAAUGUAGCAAAAAUAUUUACCAGAAGUCAGAAUUCACUAGAGAGAAGAUGCUUCCCACUGAGGAGAAACCGUAUGAUUGUAAUGAACCUGUAAGAUCCUUUUGCACUCAAUCAGGUCUCCUUACACAUCAGAGAAUUCACACAGCGGGAAAAUCAUACAAUUGUAAUGAAUGUGAGAAAUCUUUUUGUCAGAAGUCAUCCCUAAUCAGACAUCAGAGAAUCCACACAGGGGGAAAACCUUAUGAAUGUAGGGAAUGUGGAAAAGCCUUUUGCCAGCAGUCCAGUCUCAUUGUACAUCAGAGAAGCCACACAGGGGAAAAACCUUAUAAAUGUAGUGAAUGUAGAAAAGCUUUUUGUCGGAAGUCACACCUAACUGUGCAUCAGAGAAUCCACACAGGAGAGAAACCUUACAAAUGCAGUGAAUGUGGAAAAGCUUUUUGUCGGAAGUCACAGCUAAGCAUACAUCAGAAAAUCCGCACAAGGGAAAAAGCUUAUGAAUGUAUUGAUUGUGGAAAAAGUUUUUAUUCAAAGUCACACCUAACUGUGCAUCAGAGAAUCCACACAGGGGAAAAACCUUAUGAAUGCAGUGAAUGUGGAAAACGUUUUUAUUCGACGUCACAGCUUAUCACACAUAAGAGAAUUCACGCAGGAGUAAAAGCUUAUAAAUGUACUGAAUGUGGAAAAGGAUUUUGUCGGAAGGCACACCUAAUCCGACAUCAGAGAAUCCACACAGGGGAAAAACCUUAUGAAUGCAGUGUAUGUGGAAAAUCCUUUUGCCAGCAGUCCGGUCUCAUUGUACAUCAGAGGAUUCACACAGGGCAAAAACCUUAUAAAUGUAGUGAAUGUGGAAAAGCCUUUUGCCAGCAGUCCGGUCUCAUUGUACAUCAGAGGAUUCACACAGGGCAAAAACCUUAUAAAUGUAGUGAAUGUGGAAAAGCCUUUUGCCAGCAGUCCAGUCUCAUUGUACAUCAGAGGAUUCACACAGGGGAAAAGCCUUUUAAAUGUAGUGAAUGUGGAAAAGCAUUUUGUCAAAAGCCAUCCCUAAUUAAACACCAGAGAAUACACACAGCAGAAAAAGCGUAUGAAUGCAGUGAAUGUGGAAAAGUGUUUUGCCGUAAAAAAGACCUAAUCAAUCAUCAUAGAGUUCACACAAGAUAAAAACUUUUUCAGUAUGACGAGUAUGGAAAAUCUUUUUGUUAGCAGGCAGUUAUUGCAUAAACUAAGUCACAUGCCUGAAGAAAUGUUGAAAAACUCAUACACAAAAAACAUUGAUUGCACUAGAAAGCAAAAACUAACAUGAGGUCACAGUUCACUAAUAUAUCCAUAAGGAGCAACAAAAAUAUUGCAUUGCCUAAAAACAAUCAUAUUUUCUGAAGUCAAUUCUCUGCAGAUCCUAUGAAGCUAAGAAAAACAAAAGUAUGUAAACAGAAAAAACUAGCUAGUAUAAAGCUACUCUCAGUCAAAUCGUAUAAAGUCCAAAUCAAGCAUUAGUAAAUUACAGAUAGGAUACAUUGUAAAAUUGCAGUAGGAUGUGUGAAAGUCUCAACAAUUGUCAAAUAAUAAACAUGAGGUGUGUCAUAUUUCUGAACAAGGCUAUGUGUUGCUAAAAUAUUUGAAAUGGAAUCUACCUGAUGUAAUUUUGUUGUAAAUAAGUUCUGCUUUCACAUUUUAAUUUUGAAAAUAAAUAUUCUGUGUAUAACACUUGUUUUGAAUUCCAUAUAGCAUUUAUGCAGUUAUCUAGUAUAGCUUUUUUUAUAGUGCUAAUUCACAAAUAUUCUAUAAUAGAUUAAUAUGGGACUCACAAAUAUCAACCGAUGCAUGUGGCAAUUGUAAUGCUAAUAACCCAGUUUUAAAGGAUGAAUUUUUUGUUCAGAAUGGGGAGUGAUUCAUUUGUGACAUCUGGCAAACUGGAUCACUUUUGGCCCUUGUCUAAUUAUUGCAUACUUUUAGAGGUACAUGCAAGAGGCAUAAGAAUUGUUUGGCAUCUGACUUGUGAUAUGAUAAUGGCCACUGCAGUUUAAAUAUCAGCUGCCACAACUACUGUCACGUUC